AUGGCCUACUGUGGACCAUCCUGUGCCAUCCCAUCCUUGUCUUCCAGCCCCACUGUUGGAUUUGGCUCAGCUGGUGCUGGUGGUCUUGGCUACGGGAUUUUGCCCUACAACGCUGCGGCCAGCGCACUGGCCGAAUCUUCCGGCAGCCUGGGCACCUUGGCCGGAGUCAUCCCUUCCUGCAUCAACCAGAUCCCACCAUCUGAGGUGGUCUUGCAACCCCCUUCCUGUGUGGUCACCAUCCCUGGUCCCAUCCUCUCCGCCAGCUGUGAGCCCACUGCGGUUGGAGGCAACGCUCCAUGCGCCAUCUCCGGUUCUGGAAUCGUAGGGGGCAACAUCUACGGAAACCCUCUUUUGGGAAACCUGGGUUUAGGGCCGAGCAGGGGCACGUUACUGGGCAGGAAAUCCCUUCUGGGAAGCCGUGGGAAUAUCUGUCUGUAG